AUUCAACUUUCAACAAUGGCACCGAAAUUUUCAAAAAUUUUAGUCCUGUACACUGGAGGUACAAUUGGCAUGAUGUUGAAUCAAAACAAUGAUCUUGCUCCUGCAGAAUCAAAUCGGUUUGAAGAGAGAUUGCGCAGUGAUCCCAAUUUCAAUGAUGCUUCCUUUGACGUGGGUUCUGACUUUUUGAGUCUUCCUGCAGUUACUAACGAGCCACGGCGUAUUAUAUAUAAAAUCAAAGAACACGAUAAACUAAUAGAUUCCAGCAACAUGGGGAAAUCCGAUUGGAAUCUAAUAGCUGACCGAAUACAUUAUCACCGCAGUGACUAUCAUGGGUUUGUGAUACUACAAGGCACUGAUACCUUGGCCUAUACCGCAUCGGCUCUGUCCUUUAUGUUCGAGAAUCUGAACAAACCAGUGAUUAUCACAGGAUCCCAAAAGCCCAUCUUUGAAACGCGUUCCGAUGGCAAGGAAAACUUUAUCUCAUCGCUAAUUAUCGCUGCUUUGUAUAGUCCAACUGAGGUGUGUGUGGUCUUUGGCGACAAACUGCUGCGUGGAAAUCGCACGGUGAAGGUCAACUGCGAUUCAUUUGCGUCAUUUGACUCGCCCAAUUUUCCACCUUUGGGUUCAAUUGGUGUACAAAUUAAAGUGGACCCUACACGUGCCAUUCCUGCCGAUCCUUCUGACUGUUUAUUCACCAAAAUGAAUACUAAUCAAACAAUUUGCCUACUGCGAAUCGUUCCUGAAAUGCCCGAGAAGCAAAUAUUGGCUGCUUUGGAACAACCUGUAGUUGGAGUAGUUCUUCAAUCAUUUGGAGCUGGUAAUAUUCCAAAUUGUAACAAAUUGCUCAAUCACUUGACGUCAGCCAUUGACCGGGGUGUGGUUAUUGUGAAUUGUACCCAAUGCCUCAAAGGAUCAGUGACUGAUGACUACGAUGCCAGUGCUGGAUUGCGAAAGAUAGGUGUUAUUUUCCUUGGAGAUAUCACCAUGGAGGCGGCCUACACUAAAUUGUGUUACGUAAUGAGCAAAGAUAUUAACCUAAAGGAAAAGAAAAAGAUGAUGACAACCAAUUUGCGUGGCGAACUAACGGAGAAUUAACUUUGAAUUAUAUGCAUAAAUCUUGGCGACACAACAAACAAUUCCAAUGGGAAUUCAAAUAUCACCAAAUAUGCUUUUCAAUUUUUUUUCAUUAUAUAAAUAUAUACGUACAAGCAAACAAUAAAUAACAUUACAUUAACGAUGUAUGUACUAUACCCAA